CGGAACUCAGUCAGCGACGCCACACAUCCCUGCUGCAGCUCCGCAGAAGCUCCGGCAGCCUGAAAUAGUUUUAAUACAGGCAUCCAGAGCCUUGUAAGAUCUGCCAUCCGAUUGCGAACCCCAGUGUAUUUCAGGCAUUGCCUUCUUCGACAGACAACCAUAGUGCGACCUCACAAGCACAAGGCUCCCUGGGGUCUCGUUGUACAACAAACCACGACGUCGCAGACUAUAGCAUUAUGACCAAAAUAGUGGAUACAGCCACUCAAGGAGCUCAAGGCACUGGAUCUGUCUCUGCAGCUACCCUUACACCAGAACUGCGACCCCUCAGCUUCGACCCCGCCGUGCUGGUAGUGAAGCCUCCCGUCGAACUCCUGCCGAACGAAUUAUUAUCACAAAUCUUCGGAUUCCUCGAUUCUCCCAAGCCAUCAUCAUCCGAGUCAGCCCUCCACGACGAACCUGAUUUCGAAUUGACCAAAUCAGACAAUGCCCCUCUCAAAGCCGCAUCUUGUGUGUCGAAACGGUGGAGAAGAGGAACAAUACCUUUGCUAUUCAAGCACACACAAUUCGUUGUCGAGAAGAAAAAUCAGCAAAAUUACAAUACACUGUAUCAGAUGGUACAACAAUUCUUGGAAUUCGUCUUAGAACAUCAAUUAUGCAGAACCCUUCAAUCAUUUACACUUAUCGUCCGCUUAAAGGAGGCUGCGGAUAUUUUGGACCGUCAGGAAAUGACGUACGGCUUCUCAGUAUUCUGGAAGGGGAUUUUUAGAGUCAUUGAUCCACAGGAGUUGCUCAUAGUUGCUCCUCCCGAGGCUCUUGGGAUGCUCACAAAUUGUCGUGUCUUCAUGUCGGAUGCUUGGAGUUUCCACUGCUCUUGCCACUAUCUACGUUUGCAAGCACGUCCAUCCAAGGUCCCACAAGUGCACAAGUCCUUUGAUAGGAUCAGCGAAACUGCUCGAAUUUCGGAUUUCCAAGCAUCCUCGUCGACUCCUGCCGGAGAAAAACAUAAGGAGCUUACACUAUGGGACAUUCGACCUUGGACAAAGCUUCUCCUUAAUGAAGGUUCGUUCAUCAGGGCUUAUGCUACGUACGAGUUCUGGUCGAGAAAGCCCCCUUCGAUUCUACCAGACCUUGUGGGAGCAGCAGAGGACGAUGGUUCCACACAUGGACCUUUCAUCAGUCCCACAAUCCGAGACCUGUCCUACAUUGGCAUGUUUCCUAUGCAAACCCACUUCGCUGCACUCACUGCAAACUGCCCAAGAUUGAAUCGACUCUACGUUCAGCUUGUGCCGCGAAAUGAGAUUCUGCAAGACUCGAGCAAGAUGAAGCAAGUCGAAGCCGAGGAUCUGUGGAUGGAAAGAAAUGGUUGUUAUGCUUUAAUCAUGAGAGAACUCUUCAGCACUCCACCGAUUGGCAAUUACAAAUACCUCCAAGAAUUCGAGUCCGGCGACGCUGCCGACAAAGAUGCUUGGGAUAUGGCUGUGGAAUAUGUAAAGAGAGCAGCGAAUGGCUGGAAGGUUGCAACCGAGGGAGUGUUUGUGAGGGACACUAAAGAGAAGAUGACUGUGCCUGCAGGUGGUGAGGAGGGAAAACUCUCGACAUUGUCAGUCAAUUCAGAAAUGUGAAGAACAAGUGCGCUGAUUAAAGAAGCCAGCUUGCGUUGAUCCGUUGGGCUUGGAAUGGAACGGCUCAGCUUCCUAUCUCGCCAAUGUCUCAUUAUGGCGGCUAAGCGGUGGGAUCUCGAACAUGAGAGCUGCACAGAAUAUGAAAAUUUGACUUAAGGUGGUCUUCGAUCUUUGGUGACAUGGUGUAAAGGGCGUUGAUAUGGAGGGAAUAUAUUGCUGGAGCGUGAUGUUCGCGCUAGUUUGGAGCCGCCUUUGGGAUUUCUACCUUCAACUUUCAUAUCAGACAAGAGGACACACGAAUCAAACCAUCCUUUUCACCACACCUCG